AUGAUAUUAAGUGUUGUUACAGAGUUGUUAGGCUUACCAGUUUUUGGAAGUAUUUUCCAUUUCUGCGCUGAGCCAAACUCUCCGAAAACACUUUUAUAUGCUUAUAUAGUUAAUGAUGUUGUUGCUGCUUCUGUUUGUUUGGCAACUGCUUCUCCAUCAUUUUACAGAUUCAUGAAAGAACCUGAUGGCCAAAAUGAUGUUAUCACUGAAGAUGACGCUGCUGAUGAAGAUGACAGUGUUAAUAUUGCUGAUAGUUUGUAA